AUGGCGUUCUGGAAGCCCGGAUCGAAGAAACCCGAGGCGUCGCUCCCUCUGAGCGCCGAGGUUGAUCGCGAAGGGCCCGGGGACUCGGGGGGGCGGCUGGUGGUCUUCAAUCGCAACGAGAAUCUCGCGUUGCAGGCCCAGCGGGAGCGCCUCCCCAUCUUUAAGACCCGCGACGCCAUCCUGCACCUCGUGGAGACGCGUGCGACGACCGUGUUGGUGGGGCAGACGGGAUGCGGCAAGACCACGCAGGUGCCGCAGUACCUCGUCGAGGCGGGUUGGACCGCGGGCGGGCGGCUGGUGGCGUGCACCCAACCCCGCCGCGUCGCCGCGAUGACCGUCGCGUCGCGCGUCGCGGACGAGAUGGGCGUCACGCUGGGCGCGGAGGUGGGCUACGCGGUGCGAUUCGAGAACGUGUCCACCCCGGGGGUCACGCGCGUCAGGUUCUGCACCGACGGCGUGCUGCUGCGGGAGCUCAUGGAGGAUCCGCUGCUGUCGAGGUACUCGGUGGUGAUGGUCGACGAGGCGCACGAGCGUUCGCUGGCCACGGACUUACUACUCGGGCUCCUCAAGAAGGUGCAGCGCCGACGACCGGAUCUCCGGAUCAUCAUCGCGUCCGCCACGAUCCAGGCGGAGGAGUUCGCCGCUUUUUUCGACACGCGACACCUCGAGCCCAAGCCCGCUUCGGAGGCGUCUUCGGUGAACGCGCCCUCUCGAGAGCCCGGGAUCGUCUCCGUGGAGGGCAGGGCGCACACCGUGCUGAUCCACUACCUCGAGAAACCGGUGCCGGACUACGUGAAAGCCGCGGUCGGGGCUGCGAUCGACGUGCACCGCGCGGAGGGACCGGGCGACGUCCUCGUCUUCCUCACCGGCGAAGAGGAAAUAGAGGCGGCGGUGAGCAUGCUGCAGGAGGAGGCCGAGGACAACUCCAGGCGGUUACUGGGCGGCGGCGCGGGAACCAACCCGGCGGGUGGACCGGAGCGCUUCACCGUGCAUCCACUCUACGCGGGGCUGUCCCCCGCGCAACAGAUGGAGGCGUUCAGGCCCGCACCGAGGUACACUCGAAAAAUCGUGGUGGCGAGCAACGUGGCGGAGACGUCGGUGACGAUCGAAGGCGUGGUGUACGUCGUGGACUGCUGCUUCGUGAAACAAAAGGCGUACGAUCCGACGCGCGGGAUGGAGUCCCUGCUCACGGCGGAGGCGUCCAGGGCGUCCGCUAAUCAGAGGGCGGGACGAGCGGGUCGAGUCAGGCCGGGGAAGGCGUAUCGACUCUGCACGGAGAAGGCGUUUCGAGAUCUGCCGGAAACUGCGCCGCCGGAGAUGAUCCGAUCGGACCUCGCCGCGACCGUACUGCAGCUGAAGGCGCUGGGUAUCGACAACAUCAUGAACUUCGAGUGGCUCUCGCCGCCCCCAGCCGCGAACAUGAUCAAAGCGCUCGAGCUGCUCUACGCGCUGCAGGCCAUCGACGACGACGCCCGGCUCACCAAGCCCCUCGGCAUGCAUCUCGCCGAGCUCCCGCUGGAGCCGCAGCUGGGCAAGGCGCUACUGGUCAGCGGCGAGCUCGGGUGUGUCGAGGAGAUGCUGACGGUGUCCGCUUACCUCCAGGUGCAGACGCUGUGGGUGUCGCCUCGGGGCAGGCAAAAGAGGCUGGACGAGUGCAGGGACAGGUUUGCCGUCGCGGAGGGUGACGCGGUGACGGCGCUCAACAUACACACCGCGUGGUGCGGAGGACGUGCGAGAUCGUUUGCGGAUAAGAACAUGCUCUCGCACCGCGCGCUGGUCAGGGCUUCGGAUAUCAGGGCGCAGCUCGCCAGGCACGUUCGCAGGGUGGGGCUGGUGGUUUCCUCCGCCGGGAAGGAUUCUGCGCCCGUGCGUCGCGCGAUGACCGCCGGUUUCUUCGCGAACGCCGCCGCGCUGGCACCUCACGGGGGAGGGGCGGAAGGAUCCGCAUUUAGGUCGGUCAGAGGGGGCGCGACGUUGUUCAUUCACCCGGGGAGCGUUUUGUUCAGGGCUAGGCCGGCAAUGGUCGUGUACGCCGCCGCUGUUCGGACGGGGAGGGAAUACAUGCGAGACGUGACGGCGAUCGACCCGGAGUGGCUGUCAGAACUGGCGCCGCACUUUUACGCAAUGACGCAGCGGAGCGGGAACGAGCGGCCGGCGGACGCAGCGGCGGUGUUUUAGUAA